AUGCCGUCGCUGUACAUCCCCAAACCGGAAGAGUUCGAUGCGCUCGUAGCAUCUAUCCAACAGUCCCACCACGAGCCAGGAAACAGUUCAAACCAGGAGGUUGUGCUUAAAAAAUGUAUAACCUACCUCUUCCGCUACGGGCAGAAGGACACCCACUUGUUCUGUGAUCCCUCCAUGUAUCCCGUAACCGUCCAUAUUAUGAUCUUGUUCUCAUUUCCAAAUAAUGGGGUGCUCGAAAAAUUGAAGCCCAUGCUAGCAGAUAGCUUGUGGAAGUGUGAUAAUUGCUUGCGCUGUUUCAAUUUGGGGAAAUCGACUCUUAGAAUCGACUUCGCUGCAAAUAGACAGAUCGAAAUCUCCAAAGUCAACCAGUUCAUUGGAGUCAUUGUUCAAUGGGAAACGCAAGUAUUUGGCCAGGAAAUUCAAACAGUCGCUGCGGCACUCAAAGAUGGGAAAUUUCCUUCAUUGACUAGCAGUUCACCUAUAGACUUUGCUAUCAGAGCGUGUUUAUAUGGCCCACAGAUUCUACGCAAUAAUACUGGCGUGAGAGAUGAUUUCAUGACAAUUAUAUCCAACAUCCAGGCUGGUACCUUGUCCUACCCAUAUCCUGAAUUACUCCUACCGGGCGCUUUCUAUCUCCUCUUCGAGGGUCAAACUCAACAGAAGCUGUGGGCUGCUCAAUGGCUCCAGUAUCUUAAAGAAAAGCAGUAUCAGCUUACCGCAACUACCGUACUGCCUACUUUGGUGGAUGAGUUCAGCGUCCAUUUGUAUAGAAUCCAGGACGCCAACUUUUUCUCGCCACAUGCCUCCAUUGACUUCUGGACAGUUGUACACCUGCUUCUUGAACUUGUAGAUAAUGAAGCAUUCAUGAACCACUUCAACGUUCCGCCAGAUAUUAAUCUCAUGCGACAGUAUACAAAAUUAAGGCUUUAUCCUAUAUUAAGACUCUUCAUGAAUAACCUCUUGGCCAACUUGAAGGAUACCCUACCCAUACUUCUCAAGGUGCUUCUGAAGUUGUUGGCGAAGUACCACACGGCUUUCUGGGGAAUCGUAGCACCUAUUACGUACUCACAAGUGUUGGAUUCCAUUUUGGUCAACCCAGAGUUUAACCGAUUACUCUUUGCUUCAGCCGUGGAGGAGCCAGAGAAUUCGAAGAUAGAUGAUUCUGUUCAAAGUAAUAUCCUUCUGUGGAUUUACCCAUUCCUUUAUUCGUUGAAUGAAACAAAUAACCAGACAUCGUCGAGAAAGUUAGCCAACUACUUACUCAAACAAGUGGCAUCCAUUACUGAUACCUCUAUAUUAUCUGAACGUUUAAAGAAAGAAUUGCUAGACAACUAUGCGUUGCGUAUUCUUCUGCUUUCUUUUCAGUUCAACGUUACAAGCUGUGAUUUUGGUAGUAAGAAUUAUGAACUCAGUCUUCUCAAGAUCAGGGAUACUAGGGCUACUAUAGAAAACAAUGCGGCUAUUAUAGUUUCCAAUGCCUAUUCUCUGUCUAAAAUUGCAAGAAGGUUAAUAUUCACAGCUCUUUCAUAUGAUGUGGCUCUAUUAGCGCACUCUACCAGUUUGCUAAUGGCUGGUAAUAUUCCUACAUCCUUCGAUUCGUUCCCGUUGCUUUGGGAUGCACUCAACAAGUCUUCGACCUUCUCUGUCAAUAUCGGCACUACAAAGUUGCUUGGUUCAUUGUCUAAAGUAAAUUCCGUAGUAAAAUUCUCCAAGAGAAAAAACGAAGUGCUUCCAAAGCAGAUGGCCGAAGCUCGGGCUCAACAUAAUGAGAAUGUAACACUGAUAUUCACUACUCUAUCCUCAUGUCUAGCUAAGGUGAGUUUGUCAAAUCCAUCAGAGUUGAAAAAGGUAUUUCUGGAAGAACUGAUCCAAAUUGCCUUUUGGUCUUGUCUCUUUUCUCCUUUAAUUACAGAAUCGGCUACUGAUGUCUUAUACCAAGUCUUUGACGACGUUGUUGGUCGUUACGAGGCCUUCCAGGGUUUACUAGAAACCCAUUUACAAAUAACCGUCAAUGCUAUUGACCAAAGUGUGCAGAGAAUGACUCAAUUAGCUGCCUACGAACCAAGCCCCAGAGCAAUCAGAAUACUAAUGGAUGUUGUUAAAGGUUUGACAGAUCCAUUGACCGGCAUUCUAUCAUCAUCAGAACAGGUGCAAGGUUCGGGAGAUUCCAUAGUAACUUUUUGGAGUACCUGUUGGUCCUUUUUGAUCAUGGUGUAUCAGAAGACCUUGACAUGGGCCAACCAGUUUCAUCUUGAAGAGUUGAUUGAGUUCACCAGGGAUACUCUUGAUCUUAGUCAUUUUCUAUUAGACAAUUUCAGAUUGGUCGCUGAUAGUAUUCCUGGUUCGUCUGGAGAAAAACUGCAUUCAUUGUUCAGAAAGUUUAUGAAUGCUUUUCAUUACAUGAUUGUUUGGCUCAGAUUGGGGGAUGCAUCUUUAUUAAAUUCAUGUGUAGAGUUGGUAUUCAAAGGGUUUGAAUUGGCUAAAGAUUUGGAUUUCACCAUCGAUGUCGCCUUUAUAGAGACCUUUGCAAAAUUUGGAGCAAAGGCUAAGAAGUUUAACAACAAAUUGACUGAACAGCAACGUCUGGAAAUUCUUUCGAAGGCUAGAGAAUUUGACGAAGGCUUAGUAGAUAAGGUCAUUACAGAGACGGCUCUUCAGCGAGGAAAGGCAAAGAAAGACUCUGAAAGUGGCACUUCUACUCCAGAGCCACCUGCUUUUGCAUAUCAAAAUCAAGCCAAACAACCUAGGCAACAAACUCUUGGAAGAUUUGGAGUCGUUACCACAGAAGCUCCAGUGGCUCCAGCUCCGAAGGGCUUCAAGUCGUCCAGUUUGGAUUCCAUUAGGAAAGAUCUAGUGAGUUCUCGUGCAACUGUCAAACCUUCUGUCAUUCCUGCCGUCAACCCUGCUCCCCCUAGACCAGCAGGAUUCAAUUCUAAGAAGCAGCCAGCUGUGGGAAGAUCUUUGAAUCAACUCAAGAAAAAGAGAGUGGACUCGGAUAGUUCUGAAGAUGAAUUAGACACAGACACUUCUGACCUCUUCGUAGACAAAUCGAAGAAGAAGGUUACUGUUACUGAGAUUGAUAUGUACGGAAGACCUGUUGCAGGUAGACCUCAAAAAUCUAAGGUAGAUAUAGCCAAGAGAGAAGAAGAAAAUAUGAGAAACAGAUUGAAUGUAUCACUCAAACCUCUCUAUAGUACAAUUUUGAAAUGGAAUUACAAUUCUAACGACAGUUUUCCAACAGGCGAUCGCGAUAGCUAUAAGGAAAUCAAAAGCCAAUAUGAUGAUGUCAAAGAUUAUGUCAAGACGACAGAACCAUUACUUAUGUUGGAAUGUUGGCAGGGUAUUCAAUCGGCCAAACAAACAGGUCAAGAGAAACCAUUUGAAAUACUUGUGGGAAGCAGGACUAGUGUAGAUGGUUUCUUUGAUGUUUACGGUUCUGUCAAGAAGUCGGUGAUAGCUGAUAGAAAAGUUGGUGAUUCUGAUUUGUUGGUGUUGGGAUUUGUGCAAGAAGAAUUCUCUACACCUGAAGCCCUUGGGCACUAUUUGAAGGCUCCUACUACUAGAACAUGUUUAGCUAAGGUGAGGGAAAUCAAAUCUGCAAAUCCAGAUUAUAAUGACAUCACUGUUAGAGUGUACCCCAGCGGCUCUAUGAUGGGCGUAUUGACUCCCAAAUCACAGAUUGUAGCUAUGAGAAUCAGUCAGAUGGUAACCAUUGAAAGAGAAUAUACUUCUUUGAAGGGUCUACAGUACUACGAUUUGUGUGAUUCAAUUUUAGCAGCAAAACCCAAUGAACCAGUCGAAAUUUCAGACGCCGAGGCUAUGAAGCUACUCAAUAUUUACGAUGUCAAUAAGUCUCAAGCAAAGGCUAUUAUAGGAUCCUACAAUAGUGAAGGUUUUUCGUUGAUCCAAGGCCCUCCCGGAACUGGUAAGACCAAGACUAUUCUUGGUAUCGUAGGAUAUUCCUUGUCACAACAGGUUGAUGAGAAGAUAAUUAUCAAGAUUGACCAGGGCAAUGGCAAUGUAAUUCUGGGCAAUGAGAAGAAACCUAAGGUUUUAAUCUGUGCUCCAAGUAAUGCUGCAGUAGAUGAGUUGGUAGUACGUUUAAGAGAUGGAGUGCGAAACUCGAGGGGGGAGCAUAUCAUUCCAAAGCUUGUACGUAUGGGUAGAAGUGAUGCUAUCAAUGCCGCCGUAAAGGAUUUGACAUUGGAAGAAUUAGUUGAAAAAGAGUUGCAAGCUAAAGCCAUGAAUACUGAUACUUCUACUGAUCCUAAUAUCCGUGCUGAACAUCUGAAAUGUAUAGAGGAAAGGGACAAUCUUAGAAGAAAGUUGCAGACUGACAGUUUGUCUUCUAAGGAAAUUGACGAGUUGGAAAGUGCCUUACGCGAGAUAAAUAAGAAGAGAACUGAAUUAGGUAAACAGCUUGAUUUACAGAGAGAAAGAGUUUCUAUUGCAUAUCGUACCAGAGAAAUUGAAAGAAGAAAUGCCCAAGCUAAGAUCUUGAAUGAUGCCCAAAUUAUCUGCUCGACGUUAUCUGGUUCUGCUCAUGACUUUUUGGCUAACAUGGGUAUUACAUUUGAUCAGGUAGUAAUUGAUGAAGCAUGUCAGUGUGUGGAGUUAUCUUCUAUUAUUCCUUUGCGAUAUGGUUGUAAGAAGUGUAUUAUGGUUGGGGAUCCUAACCAAUUGCCUCCUACCGUAUUAUCGCAAGCUGCUGCCUCUUUCAAUUACGAGCAAAGUUUGUUUGUUAGAAUGCAGCAGAAUAAUCCCAACUCUGUGUACUUGUUAGAUGUUCAGUAUCGUAUGCAUCCUCAAAUUUCUGCAUUUCCCAGCGCACAAUUCUACCAAUCUCGUUUGAAAGAUGGUGAAGGAAUGGCUGCAAAAAACGAACGCCCGUGGCAUUCUCAGUAUCCUCUUUCGCCUUAUAGGUUUUUUGACAUUGUCAGUCGACAUCAGAGAAAUGAGCUCUCUCGAUCUUUAUUCAAUACUGGUGAAGCUCGUGUUGCAUUAGAAUUGGUAGAAAAGCUUAUGACGCUAUUGCCUGAAGAUCAGUUUAGUGGCCGCAUUGGAAUUAUAUCUCCUUAUAAGGAACAGAUCAAGACUUUGAGAGAUGUUUUCAUAAAGAAGUACGGAUACUCUAUCACUACGCAGAUUGAUUUCAACACGGUUGAUGGAUUCCAAGGACAGGAAAAGGAAAUCAUCAUCAUGUCGUGUGUCCGUGCCAGUGACAAUGGUAAUGUUGGUUUCUUGAGUGAUGUUCGUCGUAUGAACGUUGCCUUGACUCGUGCGAGAACAACACUCUGGAUAUUGGGUAAUAAAGAAUCGUUGAUGAGAAACAAGAUUUGGAACAAGCUUCUCACAGAUGCUACUGACAGAAAUUGUGUCUCGCAAGCUUAUCCCGGUUUCUUGAGUAGUGCCAGUGAACAAGCUCCUGGAAAGAGAAAGGUUGUUGAAAACAGACAGGGAAACGCAACGAAACGCUCAAAGCAUAUUAAGAAUGAAGGAACUGUCAAACCAGCACAAGAUAAAAGAAACAGUGCAAAGGCUAAUCCUCAUUCUGGUCCAAAAAAGAUUAAGAGUAGUAUAUUUGGCAGCUCUAAUCCAACAACAUCUGGGAUCCCAAAUUCUGAGCCCGAAUUAAUCCAGCUUGGAAAUAAGCCAAAGAAACCUGUCAUCUACAACGCUGGAGGUACGAAGGGUAUCAAUGGAAAAGCUAUUAGUGCAUCUAAGUCCGGAGUUCUUCCUCCUCCAAGUAAUUCGAAAAACGAUACCAAUAGCACUAUCAACAAAAACAAUACCAGCCAUGCAGAAAUAUCUUUGCCUCCUCGUCCUUCUAGUAGCGGUGUUUUGCCACAGAAACCCGCUCUGCAAAUACCCAAGGCUAGGAGUGGAGUCAUCCCAGGACCAAAACCAAACGGUGUUCAACCUACAAAAUCAGGAACGAUUCGUCCUCCAACCUCUGCUAUAUUUAUUAGUCAAAGAAAGAAACCACCUCCAAAACGGUAGGUGCUUCAAUAAAUACAAUAUAUACAAUCAUUAAAUAUUAUCAACUUGUAGACACACGUUCUACUAUUCGCUCUUACCUUGCUUCUUGUGUAAGCCAAAGAAUUGCUUGCGUUCAUCUUUAGGUAUCGAUGGCUGCACCUUGGUACUUGCCGUAGCAGAUUCUGUACCCACAUUGACAAUCGCUGCCGUCUUGAAAGGAGGUGAGAUUGAUUUAAGACCUUUCGGAACGGAUGCCUCGAUCUGAUGUCCCGAAGCAACUCUCAAGCUAUCUUCCGAGAACCCUACCUCUUGGUACUGUAUCAAGUAUUUCUCGUACGAAGCAUUUGAAAACAUGCUGAGUGCUACUAGUAACGCUCUCAAUUCAUUUAGCACUGCCUCGGAAAAGAGGUUGUCAUUCACUGCUAUGGCAGAAUCACCAUUAAAGGUAGAAUUGAAACUCUUCAUCGACUCGAGACACGAUUUGAUUUGUGUCAAUGUCAAUGUCAACACGUUUGAAAGAUUACUACUCAAUUCUGACGAAACAGACUCCUCGAUCUGGUCCAGUAACUUGCUUUCUUGCACCUUGAGAAUGGCAACUAUAUCUUUCCAGAUUGUCCCGUAUUCAUGGAAAAUAGUUGCUUUGUUUGAAGUCAAAAGAACAAUGUCACUAAGAGCACCGACUUUAUGCUCUAGAAGCUUCAAUACUGGUUCAAGCUCCAACUUCUCGGAUACAGUGUUUGUGCUAUCAUCUACGCUGGCUGUUGGGGGAAUGUCCAAU